AUGGUUUCUCCUCAUGCUGAUGAUCCCAUUAUUGUGCCACGAGUGCAUGGGGUAUUCAACAGGCAUGGUAGGGUGGAAGCUGGCCCUCCGCUUUUCGUCACGCUUUGUAGGCUGGGGCCACGUAAUUUUGUGGUUUCCCCUGGGGUCUGGGCCCAGUGUGAGCAGUUGUCACUAAUGUCGGAUACUGUGAGUGUUCCGCAAGCACCGGUAGCACUGCGUGCUUCACCUCAUGUGGUGUUUACACCGACGGAGAGUACCAAACCGGUGCGGUGUUGGGCGUUUCCAAACGUGGCGGCCGCAUACAUUGGGUCGUGUGUGUCGAUGCCUAAGUUGUCGACCACUGUUCUCGAGCGAGCUGCCUUUCGCAAGUACGUUUCUACUCAAGGGGUGUUGGCCAAUGUACUUACUCGAGCGGGGCUAGUGGAUUUGGUGCCAUCUGGGGUGACGGUGGGUGAGCAACUCGGGUAUCCGGUCCAGUUGAGUGAUGACCUUGGGCAGGCGGGUGUUGGUCAGGCUGUAGCGUCUGAUCCUGUACUUCCUUCUACACACUUGUUGCUGGAGGCAUCUCCUGCAGAGGUCUCCUUGGUUGGUGAAGUAGGGAAGCCUACUGUGCCUGUAGUCGAGGGUGAUAGCAUACUGUUGUCUGUGGGUAAACGUGUGAGUAAAGAUCUCGAGACUUCGUCGCAUAUGGGGGGCGGUCCAGGGGAGUUGGCCCUCGCACCGCCUAGGAAGCGUCGUCGUGCAGCGCCUUUGGCAGUUGAAGCGUGGCCUAUUUUGGAGGCAUGUCCAUCGCGCUCUCUAUGGGGUGUCCAUUUCACAGGUCCUCAAUUAGUUAAAAGGCUCUUCAGUACGUGCAUGUCACUUAUGCACAUGCCGCACAGUCCAGGCUUCAGCACGUGGUGCAUGAUGUCAUUGGAUGGACUGGGUUGCGACCUCAGAUUGUAA